UUAACAGUGAGCCACGGCUAAAUAAAAAACAGUUGUAGCGGUAGAAUAACUCUUUUAAAAUAUUUUUUAGUGUUUAAGUCUUUAAAGAAGAGGUGGCGGUGCAAUGAGUCUGAGUUUAGUCUAUGGAUAGGCACUGUGUGACUGACGAAAGAAGCGCGAAAUGUGACUCCUGCAUGAGAUAACAAUGUCUUCCCAGGUGGAGACGACACCGGUGCUGCAAAUAUGGGAGCUGGCCGUUCCUCUUCCGGCCGUGCUGAUGAUCACCGUCACCUUAUACAUGAUGCUCCUGGGUCUUGGUCUGUGGAUCAGAUUCUGUCUGAAGGACCGCUGUUCUGCCGACUGCAGCCACUGUGGUCCAGAAGUGUCCGUCUCUGAGCACUGCUUCAGACUAGCUGAGACCUGCGAUUGUCGACCCCCCACCCUGCGAUCAUGCCUCGACCACUCCUGUCCUUCUCCUAGUUGUGGGAAAUGGGACUGUGCCUGCACCUGUCAGCCUCCGGAGUGUGAGUCCUGCAACUGCCUCUGCUUCGAGAUCAGGAUCAAGUAGAUUGACCUGGAAACUCGUCCAUCAGCUCCGCUCCAGAACGUUGCGGAUGUAAUCAGUGCAGAACAGACGAGCGGCAGAAAAUGUCGCUGACCUUUGUUGUUGAGUUGUAAUGGUUUUUAUCAGUGUCACUGAGUGUAGUGUGUGAGUGCGUUGUUGUUUUUAUUUUUAUUUAAUUUUUUUUUUACAUAACUUCAAGAUUUUAUACUGUACAGAUUCAUUUUAUAAACGUUGUGGAUUCAUGGUU